GGGCGUCAGACGAGGGCCCCGCGGAUGCCCACCCGACGGGCGGCCCCGGACCGCCGAGAACAUGGGCGUGCUCAGGGCCGGGCUGUGCCCCGGCCUCACCCAGGACAUGGUCCAGCUUCUGAGCAGCGGCGGGAUCAAGACAGUGGUGGACCUGGUUUCUGCAAACCUGGAGGAGGUAGCCCAGAAAUGUGGUCUGUCCUACAAGACAUUUAAGGAGCAGUCAAGUUAUAAACUGGCAGCAUUGCAGCUACAGUGGGUGACUGCAGGGGAGAUCAGAGUGGUUCUGGAAAGCUCUGUGAGGGAUGCUGGCCUUGGGCAUCUAGGAAAGGCGGGGCUUUCUGAGAUUGCUUUCCAAGAACCAGGUACCAUGCCUUCUUCCUCACACUUGGACAAGCUGCUCGAUGCCGGUCUUUAUACUGGAGAAGUGACUGAAAUUGUAGGAGGCCCAGGAAGCGGCAAAACCCAGGUUUGUCUUUGUGUGGCUGCAAAUGUGGCUUACAGCCUACAGCAGAAUGUCUUGUACAUUGAUUCUAAUGGAGGGCUGACAGCCUGCCGCCUCCUCCAAUUACUCCAGGCCCGAACUCCAGAUGAGGGGGAGCAGGCAGGUGCUCUCCAGAGGAUCCAGGUGGUACGUGCAUUUGACAUCUUCCAGAUGUUUGAUGUGCUGCAGGACCUCCGAGGUGCUGUGGCCCAGCAGAUAAGCGGUUCUUCAGGGACUGUGAAGGUGGUGGUCGUGGACUCAGUCACUGCAGUGGUCUCCCCACUUCUGGGAGGUCAGCAUAGGGAAGGUUUGGCUUUGAUGAUGCAGCUGGCCCGAGAGCUGAAGACCCUAGCCCGGGACCUCAACGUAGCAGUGGUGGUAACCAACCAUAUGACCCGAGACAGGGACAGCGGGAAGCUCAAACCUGCUCUCGGACGCUCCUGGAGCUUUGUGCCUAGCACCCGGAUUCUCCUGGAUGUCGGCGAAGGGGCAGGAACCUCAGGCAGCCAGCGCAUGGCGCGUCUGACCAAAUCUCCCCGUCUGCCAACAGGUUUCCAGGAGACGGUAGACAUUGGGACUUGGGGGGCUCCAGAGCGGAGUCCAACAUUAUAGGCAGAUCAGAUACAGCUGUGCUGUUGACUGGGCAAGAGAGAGGUGUGGAGGCCCCAGCUCUCCUGCACGGUGAUGCCUGCUGUGCACUGGCACCUCGCAUUUGGAACUGCAGUAGAAGCUCUUGGGCCAGUCAAAAGAGACAUCGUGGUUGGCUCAGCUGCUGGAUCUGUGGAAAAAAAUAGACGCCAGGUGAGAGGAUGCCGUGAUGGAAGUGCCUGGUAAUUCAUGCUGGUGCCAAGUUUUCUUCCCUUGUUUCCACUCUGCAUGUUUCCUGCAGGGGCCAAGAAUUCAGAGAGAUGGCUGUCUACACUACAGGAUGGUGCCACAGCACAAACCAGUCCUGCCUUGAUCUCAGACUUCCACCUUCCAGAACUGUGAGAAAAUAAGUUCUGUGUCUGAGUGGCCCAGUCUGUGGUCCUUGCAAUGGCAGCUCAAGCUGUCUAAUAGAAUAAUGAAAACCAUGUUUUUCUCAAACUCUAGUGUUGUGUCUGCAUCUCUGGAUAUGUGCACUCUCCCACACUGAAUCAGAAGCUCCAGGCGUGCACUGAAAAAUCUGUGCUAUCACAGCUGCUGGGUUCUGAUGCUCAAGUUCGGGAACCAACCCCACCCUCAGUGCCACUCUUCCCAUCCUCCGACACCAGGGAGAGGAUUUGGGGGUGUGUGAGGGAGGGGAAACUCUUUGAGUGUCUGGAAGGCUAACAUGGGGACCACUGCCGGGACCCUGAGCUUGAACACUGCUAACAUCUCUGCAGACAUGUGAGUCCCUAUGGGACCUGCGUGCAGCUCUUGUCCCUGAUCUGAGCACCACGUGCUGUGGCCAAGACUGGCUGAUUUAUGUUCCCACCCAUACAAGUGGGAAGUGUCUGUGACCUCCCAUGUCACAUCCACACUGAGACUUGUGGGUCCAAUACUGGAGAAAUGAUAGGUCUCUGCCGAUCUGAUUGAUAUUCCUGGUUACUAGUGAGGUGGGGUGUGUUGUUGCUUGCUGUUCAUUUAUACAACUGCUAUAGUAUUCCUUGUCUGUUUAUUCCUUCUGUUUUCUGUUCCUAUUUACUCUCUCUUGGCUUCUUUUGGAGUGUUUGAAUUGCUUUUAGACCUCUAUUUUAAUUACGCUCGAGGUUUAAUUUUACAAUAUAUCCUUGUAUAUUUUGGAGAUUGCUCUUGGUAUAGUAUUUGUUUAGUAUUUCAUAAUGUAUGUAGAAUUUAAUAUUUUAUAUCAAAUUUAAUAUCAAAUUGAAUGUAGGGACUAUCACCAUGUAAAUCCACUAACUCUUCCCUAUUGACACUGUCCUAUACAUAACCUCUACAUAUGUUAAGAAACUGUAAGGCAAUGUUAUUGAUAUAAUUUUUAUUUUUAUUGUGAUACAUAUUUAAAAGAACUUAAGCAAACAAAAAUUUUUGAUUAUGUUUACAUACAUUUUUACUAUUUUGCUAUUCUUUCAGUCCUGACAUUCUACAUUUUCUUUGGGUAUCAUUUCCCAAGAAAUUCCUUUGGCAUUUUUUGGAACUGUUUUCCCGGUGACAAAUUCUUAGUUUUCUUUCAUCUGAGAUUAUAUUACCUCAUUCCUGAAGGAUAUUUUAACUGGAUAGGUAUUUGUAUGUGGAAAAUGAAGUUCUUUUUUUCUAGCAUAAAAUAUAUUCUAUGAUUUUUUUUAAAGAUUUAUUUAUUUAUGCAUACAAGAACUGGGGUCUAGGCCAGAGGUAUGGGGUGGGUAAGAGGAUUCACCAGAGACACAAUGGGGUGCAGUAUAGGCAGAUAUAUUGAAAUACACUGCUGAGGGGAGCAGCAGGCAAGAUAGGAGAGGUCUGCUGCACCA